AAUGAUGCACCCUGUUGCCAGCAGUAAUACAGCUUUCUGCGGGACUGGCAAGAGUUCUUGCCUGAACGAAGACAAUGUGAGAUCUGCUGACCAGUUCGAUUUGUACGCCACGCAGCCGAGCAAAUACAGCCACACAGUCAGCCACAAACCCAUUGCAUGCCAGAGACAGGAUGCGCUGAACGACUCGCACUUGCAGACCACGAGUGGCAGGAAUAUAGAGACAAAAGACGAACUAAAGAAAAAGAAAAACCUCAACCGAUCUGGUAAACGUGGAAGGCCAUCAGGGACCACAAAAUCGGCGGGGUACCGCACCAGCACAGGUCGACCCCUGGGGACCACCAAAGCAGCUGGAUUUAAGACAAGUCCAGGCAGACCCUUGGGCACGACUAAAGCAGCAGGAUACAAAGUCAGCCCAGGCAGACCUCCAGGAAAAAAGCAGCAAGCCUUCAGGUGUUCCAGUGAUGCCUAACACAUGUUGAGCUGGACUUUGUGCUGUACGUUAGGCGUGUUCGGUUGGUUUGGGGAACUGUGUAUGCACUGGCAACUCAGACAGUGAACCUCAGCUGUACUGGAUGGCUCCUUAGUCGAUAGGUGAGCUAAUGGCAGCUAAACUGCUACUAAAAAAGAGUUUUCUUCGUGCUGAAGCUACGAAAUCCAGUUGUACUUUCUGUUCCUCAACAAACUCUGAAAUUCAGCAAUCUUUCUCAGAACGCUGUAACUUCUGACACACGCAAAAUGCUAACGUGAGUUAAUUCACCCUCAGGAUCUGUGCUGGAUUGGCUGUUUUUAAUCAGAUGGUUUUUCAGCAAAAGACUGCUUUAAGUUCUUUCCUGAACUCAGCUGGGAAAGCCGUCCCCUCCAGCUGAAUGUCGUGACUGCAGGAGUGUCACACCUCGCCGGCAAGGAACGUGUUGCAUGUCACCACUGUCCCUUGGAGAAACUCCGCUCCUUACCUCCUCCUGUUUGCUCCUGCUCCGUUUCUCACUGUGCAUCGGCUCAGCGGUGCUGUGCUGCGUGUCAGGAGAUCAUGCAGACGUGUUGCUGUUCUGCUAGUUUGAUGAAUUUUGUAUUCGAGUAUGCUGAUGAAAUAAGGAAAUCAUCUAAGCGAUUUCUGUUUGUUACAGUGCUUAUUAAUUAUAUCAGAUGGAAUAGAAUCCC